GAUUCGGGAGUAUUCAGUAUUAGGAGCGCACGUCGGACCACAGGUGCCUUCGUGGGAAUCCGAGCAGCAGCACGGGCGGGUGCGGCGCUCCGGGCUCAGCCCCAUUGCCCCGCGCGCACCUGCGGGCCGGGAGCGGAGGGAGGGGUCUCCGCGGGGCCGGGGGAGCGGACACGCGUGGGGCGGGGGCGGCCCUCUCGUAGCCGGGCGCGGGGCAGCGCGGUGCCGGCGGAGGGGCCGCGGGCGCUAUUUAAGCGGGCGGGGUGCGGCCGCGCCGUCGGGGCAGGCAGCUCGGUGCCGGGCGGGCUCGGUGCCGCCGGAGGAUGCACGCCUUCGGGCCGCCCGCCGAGCCGCCCCUCGCUCGGGAGCUGCUGGACGCGGCUCUCCGCCCGCCUGCGCUGCCCCGCCGCGCUCCGCCCGCCGGCAGCCCCUACGCGUGGCUCGGCGGCCCCGCCGCCCCCUACCCGCCCGCCGCUCCGUUCCCAUCGCCGUGCCCCGAACGGGGCUGGGCGUCGCCGCUCCCGCAGCACGAGGGGCCGCGCCCGGCACGGCCGCCCUACUCGUACUCGGCGCUCAUCGCCAUGGCCAUCCACAGCGCGCCGGGCCGGCGGCGGACCCUCAGUCAGAUCUACCAAUACGUGGCCGAGAACUUCCCCUUCUACAAGAAGAGCAAGGCGGGCUGGCAGAACUCCAUCCGACACAACCUCUCCCUCAACGACUGCUUCAGGAAGGUCCCGCGGGACGAGGAUGACCCGGGUAAAGGCAACUACUGGACGCUGGACCCCAACUGCGAGAAAAUGUUCGAUAAUGGCAACUUCAGGAGGAAGAGGAAGAGGCGGCCGGAGGCCGGAGACAGCGGAGGGGCCGCGGGGGGCCCCUGUUUGAGCACAGCCCCCGGGCACGGAGAGAUGCACUGAGGCGGAGGAAGGAAUAUUUUUGUAAUGCCCCCCUAUUAGAUGCUGAAAGGAAUCACCAUGGGGUGAGCUGGGUGAGACGGUGGCUUUCCCUCCCCCUUGACAAGAGCAGCCUGUCCCAGCCUUGCCUGCCGACCUCCUGCCCCACGGAUGCCCGAAGUGCCUUCCUCUCCUCUGUCCAGGUGUGCAGCUGGGAUGCCCUCACUGCGAUGCACAGCUCUCUGAUGUGGUUGGGGUGGUGAUGGGCUCACUGAGUGGGGAGGAACAGCAGGACGUGCCCCUGGAGCUGGGCAUGGCGUGUGGGGCAGCCAGCCCCCCAUCCUCUACGGUAUUUCUGAAUAAAACCCCUUUAUUUUCCCAAACACAAAAGAUCAUCUUUGUGUCAGACUGCGGAGCUGAUGAUAAUUUAUCCAAAGAAUUUCAGAUUUAAUCGAGCAUCCAAAACGCUGCCGGAUCCCUGCUGAGGAGCCCUUUAAUUGCUGGGUUUGCUGCUGGCCCCCACGAUGAGUGCUUGCAGGGUGCUGACAGCCUGCGGUGCGCGUGUCCCCGUGCAGACCGGGCUGUUUGUUUAAAAUGCCUCUGCUUUACCCACUUUGUCACACAUACAUGUUUAGGAAAACACCCCCAAAGCAGAAACCUAGGGUGCUUUUUUUCCAUUAUAAGGGAGCUGUGAAGCAAGUUUGGCCAAAAGACUGGGAAAGCAAACUGCAUGAGGCAUACACUGUGUUGGAGAUGCAAAUCCCUGGUGGAGAACCAGCCAUGUAAGAAAAGCUUUGAAUGGUAAUAAGUAGGAUUACAAAACUUCUGGUUUACAAAUAUCCAAAUUCUGUAGACCUGGACUGAAGGAAAUAGCAAACUGAACUCAUCAGCCAAAAGCCCAUGUAAUUUUAAUGCAGUCAGAUUUCCUUUUCUACUGCUCUGCUGUUUGUAAAAACAGCAUCUCCAGAAUUGCUUUUAAGGUAUUCUGGGUAUAACCCCCUUGUUUAUGUCGUUAUUUUCCAGGGCUGUCCAUUAAGAAGACAUUUAAAUUGUAACUCCUGUUUCUUUGGACAAUGAUGCUUGAGACUUGAAGCUCCCAUUUCAGCAGGGUAACCUCCAGCUCCUGCAUGAAAGGGAGCAAGGGACGUUAGUUAGCAAGGGACCCCCCUGCUAUGUGCAGGGUCACCAACCAGCAAACCAGGCUGCCCAGAGCCACAUCCAGCCUGGCCUUAAAUGCCUCCAGGGAUGGGGCAUCCACAGCCUCCUUGGGCAACCUGUUCAGUGCUCUCAACAAGGCAGCUGUGGGCUGGAGGGAAAAAGGGUGACAAUACAAUGAUGCGCUGUGGUCAGACAUUGCUUAGGCCUGGUGUCCCAUAGGUGUGCAACAGCACAGUAUCCUGUGACACGUGCCCUGCUGUGACACACAGAGUGAUUUGCUGCUGGUUUUAUAUGGCUCAAGCUUCUGACAGCCUCCUGAGCCUCCCCACACUCCCAAACACGCAGUACAACCAAAGUCACGCUCUGCAGUGCCAACCCAACCUGAUUUAGUCUGAGAAGCCCUUCAGGAGUUCCUCUGGUUUGUGCAAGAAGAGCAACACAAAUGCACAUGCAGCAGGAUGGCCCACGUAGGGCAAGACUGAGUGUUUGUGGUGUAGUUAAACCAGAGCACGCUGGAGACCUGGACUUUAUCCAGCCAGCUUUGGGCCACCAUUUCUUGACCCUCGGGCAGCACGUUGGCCAGUGCAGGAGAAGGGGCUGCUCCUCGCAGACAAUGGCCAUCUUCACAAUGAACAGCCAGGCGUGAUCUGCUUCUCAUCCCUGGCAGUUCUCCCUGAUGGAAGGCGUUGGGCAAGGCUGGGAGGGCACAGUGAGCUCCCUCCCUCUCCCAGGGGUGCAAGCAAUUUCAGUUGCGUGCAAGCAGUGCCUGCGGGGCGUCUGCUGAAUUAAUGGGAGGAACGGAAAAGCCUGGUGAGCUCCCAACACCACGGGGGCUGGCCCUGCAGCCCGUGCUGUCUGAGCAGGGCAGAGCAGGUGGAGAGAGAGCUUUCAUUUCCUAUGAAUAUUUCCAAAUCAUCACCUGUGGUCAGUUUACUGAGUUUGAUUCCUUGUGUUUUAACAUUAGUUAUUAUCAAAGGCAACAAUUCUCUAUUCUUAGCGGGGCUGUUGCUUACCAAGAGAAGUCCAUAAUGAAUGCAACCCAAAAGUGGUAAAUCAAUUUUAUUUCUACUUUUUUUCCCUUUUCCAUCAGAUCUAGCACUUGCAUGCAGCUCAUCGUUACUAACCAUUAUGAUUCCCCUGUGCUUUACUGCAUUACAACUUUGCUUCCCAUUGCCUUUUGGCAAGACAGAGCGUGUACUGUCAGGUUCUGUACAGCUGUACUGUACAGGUGAAAUCAACACAUAUCACACUAGAUUUUAUUCUGCUCUAAAUCCAGGCUCUGCAACUACACCUUUUGAAGUCAUGUUAAUUGUGACCACCAGCGGGGCUUCUGAGUUA